ACAUAACGUUGUGACCAUGUACUGCUGUGAGAUCUCUAGCUACGUACUGUGUCGUUGGCCAAAUUAUGAACUGAACUGCCAUAAAUUCAACAGACGUACGUACUUGCGUGUCGUUUCCACAUGUGAUUGUUCACAACAAAUUCUGUCUGUAACAGUGUCGUGCUAUAAAUCGUCUACUUGCCUGUUAGAGGCAUCAAACACAUCACAAGAACAAGAAUCAUGAUUGGAAUAUGUGUCUUUUUACUGGCAAUCGCUGGUUAUGCCAGUGCCAUAACAUACGGCAAUCCUUCGACACUUGAUGGAGCCGCCUACACCGUGUCCCUUCUGCUGAGAGAUGGCACUGAUCCAACUGGACAAACCUGGAUUCACAGAUGCAAUGGGGCAUGGAUGAAAUUUGACCUGACUACAACAAUCGACUCAACUACACACAAUGGAUAUUGGGUUAUUACAUCAGCCAGAUGUUUUGAUACCUAUCAGCAGCCAUCUGAUUGGAGGGCAAAGCUUGGGGCUAGGACGGACACAGACACAAGUAAUGUCGUCACUCAGGGGAUCAGAUACAUACUUAGGCACCCUACAGAAGACAUUGCUGUGGUAAAGCUAUCCAGUAGGCCUUCUGAGGCAUCACCAAACAGAAUGAGAGUGGAGUUCCCGAGGAGAAAUAGCGAUGCUGCUACAAACCGAAGUUGUACGCUUUCUGGAUGGGGACUUACAGACAGUUUACUAACAGACAACUAUGAAAACUUGCCACUGGAACAAUAUCAGGCCACAGCCGUGGGUAUUACAAACUCCUGGUGUAAUAGUCAGUAUUAUCCAACAAUAGAUGCUGCAGUUUUCCCCAGUGAUGUCAUUUGUACAACUAAUCAGCUGGGAUGCAAUAACUGUGUUGAUGAAGGGCCAUUCCCUAGUCCUUGUAAAUCGUAUGAUUAUGGGGCUCCACUCGCAUGUAACUUUGGCAGUGAGUAUCGCUUGAUUGGAGUAGGAACUGCCCAAGAUAGUAGCCAGAGUUGUGGAGAUGCAUUUGCAGGAGUUGCAACGCCACCUAUGUGGACUUAUGUAGGCACCUAUUGGUCAUGGUUGGCUAAUACAAUCAAUGCGAAUUAACUGUAACUGAUUUUAUGGAAAAAAGAAAUUCUUUACCAGUUUUA